UUGGUUUUUUUCACGGCUGAUGAAAUAAAAGAUGAAACAUGUGAUUGUCAGAGGAGAGCUGACGAGUGGGUCAGACAGAGACAGACGGUCUACCUGGUCAUGGAUCUCCUGCUGAUGCUGUUGCUGUUGCUGUGGAGCUCAGGACUCCAGGCUGAAGAUGAACACCAAUCAACAGAGCCUGUCAGGUUGGUGGGAGGAGCCAGUCGCUGUGCAGGUACACUGGAGGUGAAACAGGGAGAGUGGAGACCAGUGGGUUACUCUGGCUGGACCCUGAAGAAAGCAGCUGUUGCCUGCAGAGAAUUGGACUGUGGCUCUGCUGUUUCAACAGGACGCAGAAAGGAGUCCUCAGACAGACCUGUAUGGAGGAUCAGAACUGACUGUCUUCAGUCUGGAUCUACACUGAGGGACUGUGCAUCAUCAGGUUCCUCUUCCUCCAUGGUGGAGCUCACCUGCUCAGACUCUGUCAGGCUGGUGAAUGGGACUAGUCUGUGUUCAGGCAGACUGGAGGUGAAGUCUGAGCAGUCGUGGUCCUCAGUGUGUGAAGCUGACUUUGACCAGCAGGAUGCAGAGGUGGUCUGUAGGGAGCUUGGCUGUGGGACUCCUUCAGUCCUCCAGGGGGCGCUCUAUGGAGAAGUGGAGGCUCCAAUGUGGACCAAAGAGUUCCAGUGUGGAGGCAAUGAGUCUGCUCUCCUGGACUGUAGAAGAUCAGACUCAGCUAGAAGAACCUGCUCACCUGGUAAAGCUGUUGGACUCACCUGCUCAGAGCCUGUCAGGUUGGUGGGAGGAGCCAGUCGCUGUGCAGGUACACUGGAGGUGAAACAGGGAGAGUGGAAACCAGUGGAUGACUCUUUCUCUGACUGGAUCCUGAAGGAAGCAGCUGUUGCCUGCAGAGAAUUGGACUGUGGCUCUGCUGUUUCAACAGGAAGCAGAGAUGAGUCCUCGGACAGACCUGUAUGGUGGAUCAGAGGUGACUGUCUUCAGUCUGGAUCUACACUGAGGGACUGUGUAUCAUCAGAUUCCUCUUCCUCCAUGGUGGAGCUCACCUGCUCAGACUCUGUCAGGCUGGUGAAUGGGGCUAGUCUGUGUUCAGGCAGACUGGAGGUGAAGUCUGAGCAGUCGUGGUCCUCAGUGUGUGAAGCUGACUUUGACCAGCAGGAUGCAGAGGUGGUCUGUAGGGAGCUUGGCUGUGGGGCUCCUUCAGUCCUCCAGGGGGCGCUCUAUGGAGAAGUGGAGGCUCCAAUGUGGACCAAAGAGUUCCAGUGUGAAGGCCAUGAGUCUGCUCUCCUGGACUGUAGAAGAUCAGACUCAGCUAGAAGAACCUGCUCACCUGGUAAAGCUGUUGGACUCACCUGCUCAGAACCUGUCAGGUUGGUGGGAGGAGCCAGUCGCUGUGCAGGUACACUGGAGGUGAAAGAUGGAGAGUGGAAACCAAUGAGUGACUCUGGCUGGACCCUGAAGGAAGCAGCUGUUGCCUGCAGAGAAUUGGCCUGUGGCUCUGCUGUUUCAACAGGAAGCAGAGAUGACUCAUACAGACCUGUAUGGUUGAUCAGAACUGACUGUGUUCAGGCUGGAUCUACACUGAGGGACUGUAUAUCAUCAUCACAUUCCUCUUCCUCCAUGGUGGAGCUCACCUGCUCAGGCCAGCAGGGGGCAGAAGUCAGACCCACAGGAGAACAUUGAGCUGAAGGAGAGCCGGCUGGAGAGGAAGGAGAGCCGGCUGGAGAGGAAGGGGCUCGGGGAGCAGAGUAGGACCUCCGAGGAGCCACACAAACCCUCUGAAGAAGAAAUUCACGUUUGGUUUCAUCUCUCCUCUCAGUCUGACAGGUUUUUGCAGCUCAGCACGGCGAGGAAUGGCGUCCAUAUUGUUCGAUUCCACAGCUUCUGAUUUCCAUCCAGCACCAACGCUCAGUGCCAAAACAGGAAGUAGUAAGACCUUUAUUAAAACCACUAGAAGAAGAGCAGAGAGGAGAUCUGAUUGGACCAUUUGUAACAUAAUUAUCUGUUUAUAAUUAUAGUUUGACAGAAUAUUAAUCUCUCUUGUGAACAGCUUUAACAUUUUUA